GCAUACAAAAGAAAUAGGCCUAAUUCAUUUCCUGGCCCCCUGUUUUAUUAGUAAUUUAGUAUCUAUGCAAGUGUGUGCAUUUUCCAGAUACAGGGGUUUUUAGUUUCAAGGUUAUGAUCACAACAUUUUUCUAACUCUCUGCUGACGUUCAGGAAAACCACAAAAGGAUGUUGCUAUGCAAAUUACUAUUUUUCUACCUGUUAUAUACAUGUAAAUUACACAGACACUAUUUCCUUGUAUGAGCUGACAUUUCAGAAGUAGUUUGUUGAAAAAGUGGUUUAGAAGAAACGUAUUCUUAUAUUGGAUUGCAGAGACUUUUUGCAGAACAUCUUCCUUAAAAGCAAUAUGUCUCAGUGGAAUCAGGUUCAACGUUUGGAGCAAAGAUUUUUGGAACAGGUUGACCAAUUUUAUGAUGACACAUUUCCAAUGGAAGUACGACACUUACUGGCAUCAUGGAUAGAGGGACAGGAUUGGGAUGCUGCCUCCAAUAGUGAUUCACUGGCCACAGUUCUUCUGCACAACUUGAUGAUACAGAUUGAGGAGGAGUUGAAUCGUGUUUCACAGGAGAAAAACUUGUUGUUAAGACACAAUCUGAAAAGAAUAAAACAACAUCUUUUGGGAAAGUACCACGGUAAUCCAAUGCAUAUGGCUAUGAUUGUUUCAAACUGCUUGCGAGAAGAGAGAAGAAUUCUGGCAGCAGCUAGUAUGCCUAUUCAGGGUCCAUUUGAGAAGUCUUUGCAGACCAAUUUGAUUUCAGAAAGACAGAGAGUUCUAGAAAAUAAAGUGGCAGCCAUCAAGAACAGUGCACAGGUGACAGAACAAGAUGUGAAGUACUUGGAGGACUUGCAAGAUGAAUUUGAUUUCCGUUUCAAAACAAUACAGAGUAAAGAUACCACAGAUAAACAUAAUAUCCUCAUAGAACAAGAAUGUUAUAAACUACAAGAAAUGCUCAAUGCUUUGGAUCAAAAGAGAAAGGAAGCACUUCGCAAAAUGUCACAGAUAAUUGAUGAAAUUGAUACUUUGAUGGGUAAAAGUCUGACUGAAGAACUAAAGAAUUGGAAGAGACGUCAGCAGAUUGCAUGUAUUGGAGGACCACUGCAUGGCAGUCUUGACCAGAUUCAGAACUGGUUCACUCUUCUAGCAGAAAGUUUAUUUCAGCUACGAAGACAAAUACAGAAGCUGGAUGAACUUUGGACGAAAGUUACCUAUGAAGGGGAUCCAAUCCCACUUCAGAAACAGUAUUUAUUGGAUCGUGUUAUUUGCCUAAUUCUGAGUGUCUUCCAAAGUUCUUUUAUAGUGGAGAGACAACCGUGCAUGCCAACACACCCACAGCGGCCGCUGGUUCUUAAAACUGAAAUACAGUUCACUGUUAAAUUGAGGCUCCUAGUAAAACUGCCAGAGCUGAAUUACCAGUUACGUGUUAAAGCAACUAUUGACAAGGAUCCAUCAUUUAAUUUAAGUAAUAGAAGAUUUGUUCUUUUUGGAACACCUGUCAAAGUUAUGAGCAUCGAAGACUCUGCCAAUGGAAGUCUCUCAGUUGAAAUGAGGCAUUUGAAGCCAAAAGAAAGUAAAUCAAAUUCUGGAAAUAAAGGCCAUGAGGGCGUUCACAUGGUGACAGAAGAACUGCAUUCGAUAAGCUUUGAAACCCAAGUGUGUCUAUAUGGACUGGCCAUCGACCUUGAAACCAGCUCAUUGCCUGUGGUGAUGAUUUCCAAUGUAAGCCAAUUGCCUAGUGCAUGGGCUUCUGUCAUUUGGUACAAUCUAUUUUCCUCUGAACCUCAGAAUCAUGCAUUCUUUGCUAACCCACCUACAGCCAGUUUAAAUCAGCUUCUGGAAGUACUAAGCUGGCAGUUCUCUUCUUAUGUUGGUCGGGGAUUGAAUUCAGAGCAACUUAAUAUGCUUGGUGAUAAGCUUAUUGGUGUACCAGUAAACCAGGGAGACAAUCACAUCUCAUGGGUCAAAUUUUGUAAGGAGCAUUUGCCUGGAAAGCCUUUUUCAUUUUGGGCAUGGAUUGAAGGCAUUCUAGAGUUGAUCAAGAAAUAUCUUCUGUCAAUUUGGAUUGAUGGUUGCAUCAUGGGAUUUGUAAGCAAGGAGAAGGAACGAGCCCUUUUGAAGGAUAAGAUACCUGGAACUUUUCUCCUGCGGUUUAGUGAAAGUCAUCUUGGAAGCAUUACAUUUACUUGGGUGGAUCUGUCAGACACUGGUGAAGUUAGGUUCCAUUCAGUAGAACCAUACAAUAAAGGCCGACUGAAUGCUCUUCCUUUUCCUGACAUACUUCGUACAUACAAAGUUAUAGAGGCAGAAAAUGCUCCUGAAAACCCUCUGCUCUAUUUGUACCCAGAUGUUCCUAAAGAUAAAGCAUUUGGAAAGCAUUACAAUAGUCAUCAAAAUGAAGUUUCUCAACCAACAGAAAACGUCAAGGGUUAUGUUCCAUCAGUCUUUAUUCCAAUGUCUAAACUCCCGACCAAUGGUUCUUCAUCUCCUUCUCCCAUGGAUCUUCCCAUGUCUCCAAGUAUAUUCGCUGCUCUACGAGAGCAGUUGACAUACACUGAAAUUGAAAAUGAUGCAUGAGCACAAAAAGAAAAAGCUACCUGUGGAGAACAAGAGGAGAAUCGUGGAAGAUUCUUGGGGCCAAAUCUUCACGCUUUCUGCAAAGAAAAGAUGUUGAAUAUGUGAUUGGUCCACAAGUGGCGAGCAGAGUAUGGUAAACUGCUUGAACAAGUGGAAAAGGGAAAUGCUAAAAAACACAAGUGUGGAUCAGGUCAGCAACCAUUAUUUUAUUAAUGGGCACUAGUGAUCUGGCACAGAGAGGGGAAGGAAGAGGGAUAGGAGACGGACCUUUUCUCCUCUUUUGAUGCAUCUGCGUGCCUGUUAGGAGAAGCGCUGCCAGAGCCUGCACUGGGAAAGGAUGGGGGUGUAGGGGGAGUGGAACGGAAGCAGGCUACGAGACUUGGGAGAGAUGUGCUGCCUGAGCUCAGUAAGUCUUAGGUAAAGUCAUUUUUUUAAAAAAACCACAUAUACUACUGCAAUCUUUCUAUUGUAUAUUUGCUAAAAAAAAGUAUUUAGAAAGGAUAUAUUGAAUGUAAAAAUUUUGUGUUACAUUUCCUUUAAGAAGAUCCACACCAUUGUUUAGGCUGGAAGAUGCUUAAGUUAUUAAGCGAGCACUUGCAUUCAAGUCCUUUAUUGAUGAUAUUAAAUUCUCUAAAUACAAUCUUUCCAACAUGAUUGCUAUGGAUGAAACUGCAGUGUUUAUGGGCCAAUCAUCUCAAACAACAAUUGAACAGCGGGGGUGCCUCCUCAGUGUACAUUCCCUCCACUGCUUACGAAAGUGCAUGCGUUACCUGUAUUUUGGCAAUUCGUCUGGAUGGCACUAAAAUCACACCUCUAAUCAUUUCUAAGGGCAAGAAGGAAAAGAUUGAAUGUGUUUUGGGAAUUUUUGUUCUUGAAACUGAAAAAGCCUGGGCCACACAAGCAGUUAUAAGAAAGUGGGUCGAUUUAAUGCUGCCACUUGUUAUGCGAGGGGGCCAAAGAGGUCUGCUAGUCUGGGAUGCAACCAGCACUCACUGUGCUAAAGAUAUGAAGUCAUUUCUUCGUGAAAGAAAAUUAGAUCAAGUAAUGAUUCCUGCAGGAAUGACGGCCUAUCUCCAGACUCUUGAUAUUGCAAUAAACAAGCCAUUGCGCAUGGAAAUUAAUGACUACAUUGAAAAGAGAAUGGAGAGAAAUCAGCGUGGAAACUUUGUGAAGCCUAAACUGCAAGAGAUUGUGACUUGGGUGAAGAAUUCAUGGGAGAAAAUCACUGACAGUUGCAUUUUGCUAGCUAACUUGAUAAGAAGUACUCAUUUAAGGACAGUGCUAUUGCUAAACAUUAGAGAUUUCGUCCACUGAUUCUGAAAGAAAUGGAGUCACAACUAACUGACCUGGAACUUCAGGGUGUGGAUUGUUAUGAUGAGGUUCCAGAAGAUGAUGACUUGAUUGUCUUUGAAUAAAUGUGUAAAUGUACCAUACCGUAGAUUGUUGUACAUGGAAACAAUGGCAGCGUAGUAACAAGAAAUUGGAUCCACAGUUUGUCUGGUUAUGCUGGUUUGUGAUGACAACUACCGUUAUUACUGUAC